AUGCUCAUGGAGGGCAUUGAAGCUAUUGCCGAGUCGGCUCAGGCCGCUAAGCCUGAGGCGCACUCGCCGACAGGACCAGAAAUGAAGCAAGAGUCUCCGACUGUCACCACCGAUCUGGGCGAGACCCCUCAGUUUCCACUGAAGCGACCCCGCGAUUCGAGCGCAGACGACCCCGAGGCGGAGUCCAAGAGGCUAAAAGUUGAUGAGGAUCGAACCCCCGAACAGAAUCCGGAACAACCAUCAGAGCAAACCCUCGAGCAGUCACUUGAGAAAUCACUGGAGAAAUCACUGGAGAAAUCGAUCGAGCAAUCACUUGAGCAAUCACUCGAGCAGUCACUCGAGCAAUCACUCGAGAAAUCGAUCGAGAAGUCACUCGAGCGAGCACUCGAACAAGCUCAAGAGCAACCUCAUGAGCAAUCUCACGAGCAAUCCCACGAGGAGAACCACGACGACCAUGCGGCUCUCGAUCUCGGAUUUGACAUGGAUGCCAUGAUCCAGGGUGUAAUGAUGGACAUCAGCAACGAGAUGAACAAUGAGAUAGGCAAGGUCGAGGGCCUGGACGGCGUCACGGAUGUCGAGAUGACGACAGACCACUUGGCAUCUGUGUCGCAAGACUCUGUCCCGUCAACCGACACACACGCCAUUGUUCUGUCUGAGCCUUCGGCUUUGAUGAGGCGCAUUACCACCUCCUGUUUGUCAAACUUUGCUAUGCAACUCCUCGUCGUCAUGUCGCAACAUGUCUACCACGACGUGUAUCAGCAGUUGCAAGACAGGGAUUCAGACCUCUGCAAAUCUUUUAGUACACUAAAGUCUCUGCUCCGGCAAACUCGAUCGAUCUACUCCACGACCGACCUUAUCUUAGACCCCGCGAUGCUUGACCUAACUGCGCCAGAUAACCUCACCGAUAUUCAAGUCGCCAACAUCGCUAGCUUCUGUUGCGAACUUUUCACAUUCGAUGGCGAACAUCAACUCAGCUCAAGCGAGCUCUUGGCUCUGGAGGACAAAUUUUUCACCGUAUUUCCGCCAGGAUCCGAGGGCAUUUCGCACGACAUCAGUGAGCUCUUCCUCGCAGUCAAGACACAGCUAGUUAUCGAGUCUGUGACAUCAGCGAACCAGUCUGGGCCCGUUGAUCAAUUAAUCGCCGAGGCUUUCUCGUCCAGCCUGGAAGAUAGACUUAGAGCAAGACACGAGGGAUCUGAGUUGACUGCUGAAGAGAGAGCUCUGGUGACGUCUGUUGAGGAGCGCAAAACAUCUCUGAUUACUUACGCCUCGGGCCUCCCAGAUACUGUACUACUGAAGAUUGGCUAUCCGGAGGAAGACCUGUUCCACCAGUUGAACGUGUACCUGCGCCAAAAGCUACAGUCGUUCUCUGGGCUGGCAUCAAGACACGGCAUCGACCUGCCGCAAGUCAUGACGAACGGAGACCUCGACGCAUCGAUGCCACCUGAUCUCGACGACCUCGGAAUCUCAUCACUGCUGGAGGCCACAGAUGGACUGGUUGCGCAAUAUCUCCCCAGUGAACCGGUCGAUGGACUACCCACCGAACAACAACCGCCAGUACCGACGACUGAGAGCAGUGUCCCGCCUCCCGAACCGCCUGCACCUGCGCCUGAAGCCGCUCCCCCGGCGCCGACCACAAAUGGCACCACGACUGAAAGCCAAGACUCGACGAAUGACAUCCUCGCGCUUGUUGCACAGAGCACACAGGAGUACGUUCGAACUACACUCAACAACCUGUCACCAGCACCCUACCAGCCUACCGUACCCACGCCGACAGGUGCCGCUCCGGUUACGCAGACGACAUAUCUCUCACAUCUGCAACAAACUCAGCAACAAUCACCAUACUACGGCUACCCGCCACCAGUAGAGCAGCCGCCGCAGCCUGCGGCUCAUGAGAGCAACGAGAAGCUACCUCCCAGUCAAAGUCUACCUAGUGCUGUGCUCUACGACCGGGCUCGCCAGGCUGCCUUGAGCAAGACAAACAACCAGCAGAGAAGAGAAGGCACCACUUCAACGAGACGUCCCUGGACUCAAGAAGAAGAGAAGGCCCUUAUGACUGGUCUCGACAUGGUCCAGGGACCUCACUGGAGCCAGAUUCUUUCUCUCUUCGGUGCAGAGGGCACUCUUUCCAACAUACUGAAAGACCGAACUCAAGUCCAGCUCAAGGAUAAGGCCCGAAACUUGAAGCUUUUCUUCCUAAAGACAAACUCCGAGAUGCCGUACUAUUUGCAAGCCGUCACAGGCGAGCUCAAGACACGAGCACCUACACAAGCAGCUCGUAAGGAGGCUGAGGAACGAGCUCGGAUGAACUCUGAGGAAGAACAAGCUCGGGUACAGGGUAUCAUGACACUGGCGGGCGGGUUACAACAUCCUCAGCAUCCCCAUCACCCUCAACACGCGCAACACCCGCAGCAUCCACAGCAUGCACAACACGCACAGCAUGCGCAGCACCUUCAGCAAAAUAGAGCAAGCGUGACACCAGCAACUGCACCAAGCACGCCCUCACAGUCUGCCGCCCAGGUCUCGCAUCAUAUGGCAGCCCACGCGACGACACCGACGCAUGCUGCUGUAUCAGGACCGCCGGCCACACCGGUCCAAGCAACAUCAACACAUGCUCGAGUUUUGCCUGCCUCCUCGCCGUAUGCCGCAACCGCUGCUCAGUUAUCCCAAACAUCGCACAGCCUGCCGCAAACUCAGCCACAAACACCGACACAUUCCCACAUUCAGCAUCACUCUCACCCGGGAACGCCACAACAGCCACACCAUGCUCCACAGCCGCAGCACCAAUCUCAGCAGCAGCAUAUCCAGCCGCAGGUCUCCCAAGCUGCUGAGACUGCACCGAAUUACACGACUGAAGCAUCUACAGCGGUCUACAGCCAGGAGACCGAAGAUCUCAAGGAAGCCGCUCUGAUGCAAAGUCUUAGGGAGCUUGAAGCAUAUAGCGAAAGCGCCAGUGCUAGCGUAUCAUAG